GAAGAUGGCGGUCUCGCCAGGAGUUAAAGUUCCUCGUAAUUUUCACUUGUUGGAAGAAAUUGAAGAAGGACAGAAAGGAGUAGGCGAUGGUACGGUUAGCUGGGGCCUUGAAGAUGAUGAAGAUAUGACACUUACAAGGUGGACAGGCAUGAUUACUGGGCCACCAAGGACAAAUUAUGAAAACAGAAUAUAUAACCUGAAAGUAGAAUGUGGACCUAAAUACCCAGAAGUUCCUCCAUCACUUAGAUUUGUAACCAAAAUUAAUAUGAAUGGAAUUAAUAAUUCCAGUGGCAUGGUGGAUGCACGGAGCAUAGCAGUGUUAGCAAAAUGGCAAAACUCAUAUAGCAUUGAAGUUGUACUUCAAGAGCUAAGACGUCUAAUGAUGUCCAAAGAAAAUAUGAAGCUUCCACAGCCACCAGAAGGACAAACAUACAACAAUUAAUUUUAGUGGAUCUCAAACGUGUCUUAAAUCAA